CAUCAUGCAUGCCCUAAAAUUAGAGCCCGUCAACCACUCAAGGCAACUGAUUGAUGUUGCGCCAACAAACACAAAGCAACCUGAAAUGCAUAUCCCACACACGUACGGUGACUUGGGCGUUUUUAUACUCGGCAUCCCAACCCUCACUUCCGCAGCGGCUGCCGUGAGUAAAAUCUCUUAAUCGCCACAAAUCACCGCAGCGGCUGCAUCACGGUCAACAAAGCCUCAAUUUUGGCAGCAUAAGUAGACAUAAUGUCCCACAACGAACCAUGGCCGCCAGUUCCACCCGACAUCGACACCACCAAGCUCGAGGUAGAAAUGCCCGAGCUCGUUGUCUCCGCAAAUAGCACGCUCUUCAGAGUCAAGGGGCAGCCGUCCACGGUCUACAAGUUCCGAGGGCUUCCUCACGAAUACCAACUUCAAAAGGCGCGCGGCGGCGAUUGCGCCAUCCCGGUCCGUGGGCGGGUGCUAGGCAAGUCGACCGUCGGAGCCGGCGAUGUCACUUUGUCACUACCGCAACGCCGGGAUAUCAUGGAUCAAAUGAUCCGCACCGUCCAGCAAUUGCAUGCGAAGCGAAUCGUCCACGAAGAUAUCAAGCUCGAAAACAUGCUUCUUGACAGCUGCGGUAAGCUACGACUCUGUGAUUUCGCCGAGGGGCGGUAUCUCGACGAGGAUGAGUGUCUGGGAGGGCAAGUCCACUGGCACUUCGAGUCACCGAACAGGCUUCGGAGAGGUGAACGGCUUGGAUACGGCCUGCCACCGCCAAUCAUCGAGGAUGACCUGUACGGCCUUGGCCUGAGCAUCUGGCAGUUGUAUACGGGCAGGACCCCGCACGAGGAUAUGGUUUGCGACGACCUGGGUCUCAAGGAGAGGCAACGGAAUGGAGAGACGGUUAAUGUGGCGGAGGUAGGAGAUCCCGAGGCUCGUGAUAUCAUUGUAGAGCUUCUCCGCCGAGGAGGAGCGCGCAUAUGA